AAAGCUGGUGCCAUGAAUGCUUUGGUUCGAGUCUCUGCAGUGCUGACGAAUGCACCAUUUAUGUUGAACUUGGAUUGUGAUCACUACCUUAACAACAGCAAGGCAGUUAGAGAAGCCAUGUGCUUUUUAAUGGACCCACAAAUUGGAAAGAAGCUCUGUUAUGUCCAAUUUCCCCAGAGAUUUGAUGGUAUUGAUCGCCAUGAUCGAUAUGCCAACCGUAAUGUUGUCUUCUUUGAUAUCAACAUGAAAGGCCUGGAUGGCAUUCAAGGGCCAGUAUAUGUUGGAACAGGUUGUGUUUUCAACAGGCCGGCAUUAUACGGCUAUGAUCCACCUGUUUCAGAGAAGCGGCCAAAGAUGACAUGUGAUUGCUGGCCUAGUUGGUGCUGCUGCUGUUGUGGUGGUUCAAGAAAGCCCAAGUCCAGGUCCAAGAAGAAGAGCAUCAAGUCCUUACUUGGGCUAUAUAGCAAGAAAAAGAGAACAAUGAAUGGAAAGAACUACACUAGGAAGCCAUCUGGACCUGUCUUUGAUCUUGAGGAAAUUGAAGAAGGACUUGAAGGAUAUGAUGAGCUUGAGAAAUCAUCUCUUAUGUCCCAAAAGAACUUUGAGAAACGAUUUGGGCAGUCCCCAGUUUUCAUAGCUUCCACACUCAUGGAAGAUGGUGGGCUUCCUGAAGGGACAAAUCCAACAACACUCAUAAAAGAAGCCAUUCAUGUUAUUAGCUGUGGGUAUGAAGAGAAAACUGAGUGGGGCAAAGAGAUUGGGUGGAUUUAUGGUUCUGUCACAGAGGACAUUUUGACUGGAUUCAAGAUGCACUGCAGAGGAUGGAGAUCAGUUUAUUGCUGUCCAAAAAGAGCAGCUUUUAAGGGAUCAGCUCCCAUCAAUCUAUCAGAUAGAUUGCACCAAGUCCUGAGAUGGGCUCUUGGUUCUGUCGAAAUCUUCAUGAGUCGUCAUUGUCCCCUUUGGUAUGCCUGGGGUGGUAAACUCAAAUUGUUGGAAAGGCUAGCUUACAUUAACACCAUUGUUUACCCUUUCACUUCCAUUGCUCUUCUAGCUUACUGCACCCUUCCAGCUGUAUGCCUUCUCACUGGAAAAUUUAUCGUCCCAACACUUAAUAACUUUGCAAGCAUUUGGUUCAUGGCUCUCUUCCUCUCCAUCAUAGUCACAAGCGUACUCGAGCUGCGAUGGAGUGGAGUAAGCAUUGAGGCCUGGUGGCGUAACGAGCAAUUUUGGGUCAUUGGAGGUGUUUCAGCACAUUUGUUUGCAGUUUUCCAAGGCCUUCUUAAAGUUCUUGCUGGUGUAGACACAAAUUUCACCGUAACAGCAAAAGCAGCUGAGGACACUGAGUUUGGGGAGCUUUACCUCUUCAAAUGGACCACACUCCUCAUCCCACCAACCACUCUGAUCAUCUUGAAUAUGGUUGGUGUUGUGGCUGGUGUUUCAGAUGCCAUCAACAAUGGUUAUGGUUCAUGGGGUCCUCUCUUCGGAAAGUUAUUCUUCGCCUUUUGGGUUAUUGUCCAUCUCUAUCCUUUCCUAAAGGGAUUGAUGGGCAGGCAGAAUAGGACUCCCACCAUUGUGGUCCUAUGGUCAAUUCUUCUUGCUUCAAUCUUCUCACUGGUUUGGGUCAGAAUAGACCCUUUCCUACCAAAACAGAAGGGCCCUAUACUCAAGCAGUGUGGAGUGGAAUGCUAAAUACCAUGCCUGGUAUAUGUGUGAUGUAUUCUUUGCCAAUUUUUGUUAGGUAGCUAUUUUGAUUGCAAGCGACACAUUGUAUCUUUCUGCUAGUGAUUUGCCUAGCAAUAAAGUGAAGACUAGGAAAAGGAGAAGGGCACUCUGUAGCAUCCAAACUUGUCCAUGUAUAUCAGAUUUUUAAGAUGCUAAGCAUCUUCUCCUAUAAUCUUUAAUGACUUACACCUCAAUUUUCAUCUCUGUGAGGCUGUAUUCAAGCUCAUAUUUCAUACACCUAGUCAUUUCCUUUGGAGAAA